UUACUAUUGGUUUUUUUUCCUCCUCCCUCUAUCGACCAUCAUGUCCAUGGCUACCGCUCUUCAGCAGCAGCAUCAUUUUCACGGUCAUUGGUGCAAAAAAGGCCUCGCUUUCUUCCACCGAAAAAAGCAAAGGUCCAAUUACUAUUUACCUACCGUCAUGGCAGCAGCCACCGAAAAAUACGUCAGGCACCGUCCAUCCUCCGUCCACGAUCCAUAUCCUCAUUCGCAUUCACGCCAAAUGCUCACUUCUGAAGACCUGACCGCCAGUCAGUUCGCUAUUCUGACUGGUAUCAAGAUCAAAAAGAUUGGCAAAUACCAGGACCCAUCUUUUUAUCUGGAAAAUGAGGACGAUUCCUCCGACGAUGACGGUGACGACGACGAGGAGUUGAACGACGAUCACCUUUCAUUACCCAUGACUAUCCGUUCAGAACGCAACUAUGCCUCUUCCUCCUCUCUUUCGUCUCACACUAUGCCUCAUAAACCGCGUAUCUGGGAUUCCAAUUUCUGGCACUCUCCUCACGGUUCGACAGUCACUACUCCUCUGCAUUCGCGGUGUUCAUCAUCCACCAUGACCACGUCCUCUUCCAUGCCGCUCUCAUCAUCACACACCAUGAAAAGUCGUUCGCCAAAUGUAAUUCAAAAAGGCCGAUUUCAAAUUAUGAUUGGUCAGAUCGACCAUCAUCCAUCGCACCCUAUCACUACACCAGAGAAAAACGUUGUCGAAUGGAAGCGAAAGCGAUCUCUCACUCAUUGAUUUUGCUAUUCUUUUGACGUUUUCGAUUCUAUUUGACGCAAUGGCAAUCUCCUCCUAUAUCAAAACAAUCUCCACUCUUUUCUUUUGUAUUAUGUUUUUUCUUCCCUCUUGCCGUCAUGUAUUGUAUUAUAAUAUCUAAGUGUUGGCCAUUCACAUUUUCUAUACCCUUGUUGCUCCCUCAAGACCUAGUUUCUUUAUUGCUUCUACUUGUAUGAAUGUGUUGAUCAGUUCCUUUCUUAUCCCCGUCCUCUCGUAUGUUCAAUUUCUGUUGUAACUUAUUUUUUUUAUUCCCUAUGUGCAGGCGCUUUACGUAAUAUUCUAUGUAUGUAUGGAUUUCACUGUCUUUUUUUUUUGAACUACUUGACGCAAUUCGCUUUUUAUACACUCUUUAUGUUCAUUUGAGAAUAUGAAAUGUCGGUG